ACACUGUCCUGACACUAGAGCCUUCUCAUCAAGUUAGCACUUUCUCUCCUGACAGGUUUUCGUCUCACCCUUUUGUGAAGUCCGCGUUUCAAAGGCAGCUGGUCUUUGGAAGCAUCUUGAUUCGGGACAUCCAGUACGCGUCUGUUUCUAGCUCCUUCCUCGCGCCGCUGAAGAUGAGCCGCUCGCGCUGUGUUGCUCUGCUGCUGUUAGUGCUCUGCGGAGCCGCAGAGUUUGCCGAAGCCUGCAGCUGCUCUCCUGAACAUCCUCAGCAGGCGUAUUGCAAUGCGGAUGUCGUGAUCAAAGCCAAAGUAGUCGGACGAAAGGAGGUGGUCACCGGCAAUGAUUCCUAUGGCUAUCCAAUCAAAAUGAUCCAAUAUGACAUCAAACAGAUAAAGAUGUUUAAGGGCCCUGAUGGAGAGAUUGAUACCAUCUUCACGGGCCCCACCUCAUCUUUGUGUGGGGUCAAUCUCGAGAGCAAUGGCAAAAAGGAAUACCUGAUUACUGGUAAAAUGGAUUCAGAUGGCACAUUGCGGAUAAAUCUUUGCGACUACGUUGAAUCUUGGGAGUCUCUGAGUAUGACACAGAAGAAGAUCUUUGGUCAGCACUACCAGAUGGGCUGUGAAUGCAGGGUUGUCCAUUGUCCCAUGAUUCCCUGUUCCAUUAACGACCCCACAGAGUGUCUUUGGACUGACUGGGUGCUGGAGGAAACAGUUCAGGGGACCCAGGCUCAGCACUACACCUGCAUUAAGAGGAGUGACAGCAGCUGUGCCUGGUACCGUGGAUCUGCCCCUCCUACAAAAGAGUUCAUGGACAUUGAGGACCCAUAAGCAAGUCCUCAGCUCGAUCACUCAUUCAGAAUAUCCCCCACAACACAGCUUACGCGACCUUAAACUCACACCUUCACUCUGCAAAAUGCAUUCACGAACUCAUGAAACCUGUCAAGAACAUGUUUGGAUCACCCCAAAUUCAAAAGAAAAAGAUAAUAUAGAUGGUAAUAUUUUUGUAUGAAUGAAUUAAAAGAAAUAAUGAAUAUUUUGCAUAAAAGAAUAUAAAAAUGCCUGUCCUCCGGAUUUUUUUUAUUUUUAUUAUUAUAAUAUAACAAAUAAAUAUUCUCAUUAUUGUAUUACAGUGUUUAGAUCAUAGAGAAUUACAAACAAACUAAUAAGUAACACAUCCGAACACUCUACAAUUAUUAUGCUGGAAAUAUAAUGUUGUAUAUUUUUCUUUUGAUUUUAGGGUGAAUUAUGAUGAAGUAAUUCUGUAGCAUGACAGGAUGCAUACAUUUGGUUGCAUGUUAUUACAUCAAGUAAAUCUGACCUCUAGUGUAUUUUUUUACGACAGGCAUUUAAGUCCUAAGCACUUUGAGAACGUUGUGAAGUGUUUUUGUAAUAUUUUUUUUUUUGCUCCCCAAUAAAGAGGAAAUUGGUUACAACAUUGUAUUUCACUUCCUCAGGCACAGCUUGAGUAAAGAGUUCUCGAUCUUAUGUGUUGUCAUUAUUAUUCUUACAAUGCAAAACAGAAAGACUGAAGUAACUGUGCCUUGAAUGAUUUAUGGCAACGAUGAUUAAAGAAGGCUUUGCGGACAGGCUAGUUUAUGUCAAAAUUCUGUUGAAAUGGUCAUCAUAAAAAAGUAAAUUAAAAAAUGCUCUUUUAUAAUUUGAGAUACACUACCAGUCAAAACUUUGGACACACUUGUGUUUCUCUGUUUAAAUUAAAUUACUUUUUAACACAAACACACACACACUCAAAUAGAACAUAGUUCUACAAGUAGAACAAGUAAGCCUAAUAGUCAGAAUCAGUUGGUGUGUCCAGACCUUUGCUUGAUAGUGUACACCAGAAAGUGAAUUGAAUUCAUGGGUGUGUAAGGAAUGUAAAUCAUAAGUAAGAUGAAAAUUAUAUAUUGUACAUGUAGCAACAUACAUAGAUCUGGCAAUGAUGUAUGUAUUUUGUAAUAUAUACAGGAUUUUCUAAUUUAUAUCAAACUUAUCUGCUUUGAAUGUGUCCAGAAAAUAUAUGCAAAUUUUUUUUUUUUUUUUCAUGAGUUGAAGUGGUUAAAUUAGUGAAUGCUCUAGACUCUGCAUUCUUCACAGCAAACUGCAUUUAUUGAGUUAUGUCUAGUAAGGUGUAGAAAUUGUUUUGUUUUUUUACCCAUGAUAUUUUUUUGUACAUUUGUGUUCCUUCCCUUAGUCCUUCGUCAACUUUUUGAAGUAGUGUGAGAUUUCCAGUGCUGGAACCAUUGGGAAGACUUGUUGACAGCUAGCCUUUGCAUGCCUUUUAAAGUUCAUUGAUACUCAUUGUUAGAACUGUUAUACUACUCAUGAAUAAAGGAGCAGAAAUGUCCACUGAAAAAUUA